UUGGAAUCGAAAGUUUGCUUGUCAUUUGGUAGUAGCAAAAUGUAAGUAUAUGCAUGGAGACAGCGAGUGUUCUCCAUUACUAUAUCACUCUACAAUCAUGGAAACUAAUUCACAGACUAUAUCGAAAAUUGAAAAAUUUCUAAAAUUUCCCACUCCCUCUUUACAAUGUUGACUUGUGAUCCAAUAAUCAUAGUUUGAACCGACAUUGUGUUAGGCGAGGGGGGGGGGGAGGGUGCUACUUCUAGCGCUCAUGGACGUUUGUAUAACUAAAAAUAAAACGGUUUUACAAAAUACUAAGAGAAGAUACGUUUUAAAAAAGUCUGCGGAUAUUAUUUCCAUCAUUGUACUGCUCACGAAACAAAGAAAUACUCUACGUUUUGGUACGAUCCGGUUGAAGUGGAAAACGGGCUCAAUAUUGGCGUAUACCUCUACGUAAAUACACGAAUUAUCGCACCUUGCUCUAUCUAUCUAUUUAUUGGUACUCGAGCAUCAAGGCUACUACUAGAAGUUUAGGUCGAAUAUUGAAAAUUUACCACGAGUAGGAAGUUUUAUUUGUUAUAUUAUUUGUUUACAUACAGAUGGCGUUAUAAAUCGUUUCGUUCGUGACCCGGCAGUAUCAGAGUUUGCAACGACGUUCAAGGGUCCUCCUGUUGAUUGUGACCUAACCAAGUUUGUUCCAGCUGAAGUAAAGGCAGGUAUGUCUGUUAGAAAUGUCAUAUUAAUUCUCGUGCUUUUUUAACCUGCACCUGCGUGAUGGUUAGAGAAAUGCAGCAGAUUAAUUCGCUUAAGUCUAUAGGCUAUUCUUCGUUUGCACUUUACGGCAUCGCGGCCAUGUUGGAGGAACGGCAACAAAAGAAUAUCAUUAGCAGCUACUGUAUUUGGAGCGUGUUGUCCUCCUUCAUAUAUUGGUCUUAUAAAUCUCAAUCAAUACACGCUUCCGGAAAAUACGUCACCUUGGCUAUAGAGCCUCGUUUUCUUGAUUGAAACGUGGCCUUUAACUUAUGUCAGAUACACGAAAACGAGGCUCUGUAGCCAAAGUGACGUACUUUCCGGAAGGGUGUAUUGAUUGCAAACCACCAAUGUGGUAGUAGACUUCAUAAUUUGUGAACUAUGCAUGAAAACAGGAGCAGCCACGAAAAAUGCAACUAUCGAACCUGCGACUCUGCGAUUCCAGCGAUUCUGGCCUUCGUACAACCGGCCCCUGGUAAAAAAGUAUUGUUCACCGCUAGAGCUGUUGCCAGGAGAAUUUCAUGACUUUCGCGUGAUACGCUCACUUCCAGUAAGAUGCAAGAAUUUGAUCAACUUUGACACUUGGUAUAAAAUAAAUCGUAAUGGUUUAAUUUAUUUAAGCAUUGUUUUUAUCCAGGUGCAAUGGUGAUUAUUCACGGACAAGUGAUACAUUACAGUGCGCCAAACAAAUCAGACAAAUCACGGAACAUUUACACAUUCCAUGUGGUUGAACAAGAAAACACUGAAUGGAGCAAAGAAAAUUGGUGAGAA